UUUCGUUGCCACCUGUUCCUCCCAAAUCCCAAACCCUUGUCCGCGCGUCGGAGAGAGAUCGAGGCGAAGAGCGGAAGGGAUCGAGAAGAGCCUUGGUGGAUAUGAGAGUUGGAUUCAUGGCUGGGAUCCUCGGAGGCAUCCUCCUUGCCCACGCCGGCUAUGCCACCAUCCAAUACAGAGGGAUGCUGAAGAUCGUGGAAGAAGAGUUCUCGCGUCCUCCGAUGAACGUUGUGGUCGAGCUACUACUGGGGUUGGCUUUCUGCAUAUGGGCGGCUCUGGCGGCUCCUGCAAAAUUUAGAUCCAUACAUCCUGAUUCUGAAGAAAAUAGGAUCGUGUCCUUACCAACAAACCUGGAUUUCAUGAUCUUCAAUCACCGUGGCAAAGUGUUUCCGUGUAAUGCAGAGUACAAGUUGAAAAAGUAGGUCUUUUCCCCCUUAAGGCACGAGGAAUCGGACCUCCUGUCUAGCUUCAUCACAAUCCACCUAAAUCGGUGUGAGGUAGGUUUCAUUCUCUAAAACAUGAACCGUAUGUUGAUUAUUUCCACACUUCGCUUCGUGUAGUAGUUUAUUAAUUUUGGAACGCCAGUGUGUCCAUUGAACUUCGUUACUCCUGUGACAUCCAUAAAAUUUCCUGUUCUAGUGAAGCUUUAGUUUAUUUGUACGUGGCAGCCUAAACGGAAAUUUCUUUUGAUCAAUAGAUGUUGCUUUGCUCC